AACGUAUGUCUUUACUCUCAUUAUCCUGUUGACUUGUCCUCUUUCUUUUUUACUUGCUCAGCUCUCACAGAUAACCUGCUGCAGACACAGAUGCCAGAUUUUGAUGAGGCCAUUGAGAAACUCUUCUCUAAAGUGUCUGGAUUAGAUGUUUUGUCAAAAAUACCACAUUCACAGCUUGAAGAGUGUGCCAUCCAGUUGUGGAACUGGUCGGUGACCAAAAACGCCGGUGGUGCUCUGAGUAAAGUUCAAAAAGCCAAAGUUCGUCAUGUCGCAUGCAGUCUGCUUUACUGCUGUGAACCUGAGAAUCCAACAGAGGGCGCCAUCCGCAAGCAGAUCCUGAUGGCCAGCAAAACGGGCAGAACCUGGCUGGACUGCAAAAAUCCCCAGAUGGCAGAUCAUUUCUUGAGGCUUGCUGUCAAGAGCCUGGAAACCCUCUACAGCCAGCUGAUGUCCAGAGGCGACGCAGCAGCCGACGUUACUUCCUCCAAGGCGGAUGUGGAGAAGGACCUGCUUCGAAUUCUGUCAUGCCAGGCAGAGUCGGCCGUAUCCCAAGGGAAUAGCGGAGAAGCCAAGGUCUACAUGCAGCGAUGUAAAGACAUGCUGCAGCGGAUACCGAAAGAUACGGCGUACCUCUCCCUCAUGUGCUACAACUUUGGUGUAGACACCUAUAAUCUGAGGAAGUAUGAGGACAGUACUUUCUGGUUGAGCCAAAGCUACGACAUCGGUAAAACGAGUGCAAAGUACGGCCCUGGACCAGACGUUCUGGCCAAAGCUUUGCGUCUGCUUGCUACAGUUUAUCUAGAGUGGGACUGUCAGAGGUUUCAGGAGAAGGCGCUCGAUGCCGUCAUCUUGGCCAACAAGGAGUGUGUGAGCACAUCUGGACUGUAUUUAAAGAUAAGAAUCCUCCUGAGAGCCGAGGCCUCAGACAAUCACAUCAGAGCAGGACUUGAUGAGAUGCUGGAAUCACAAGUUCCUCUUGAAGUCUGUCAGAGCGCAGCGAAACUUCUCAUGUCUGAAGACAGAGAAAUGCUGGCGUUUGAGUAUUUGAAGUGUGUGUGUCAGCACUUUGGCUCGUCCCCUGACCUGGGCGCUGCUCUUGUGCUGCACGUUGAGCUGCUGCUGCAGAGAAACAAAGAGCUGCUGGCCAAACAGAAGAUAGAAGACAUCAUCACUGGCCACUACAGUGGUAAACAGCUCACUCCAGAUGCGCUGACCAGUUUGCAUGUCAUACUGUGGGAUCAGGCGUCAAAACAUUUUGAGGCUGGUAACUAUGCAGAGGCUCUACAGUGGUAUAACUACUCCUUCAGCUUCUUCAAGGCAGGUCAGAUGGAGCCAAAUCUAGCCAAGCUGCAGAGGAACAGAGCGUCCUGCCUGCUGCACCUGCAGCAGUUAGAAAAGGCUAAAGAAGCAAUUAAAGAAGCAGAAAGGUCUGAUCCUGAGAGUAUCUUCACUCAGUUCUGCAUUUACAAGAUUGCUGUUCAGGACGACAACGUACAGAAAGCUGUAGAGGCAUUGAAUGCGAUGGGAGUCCUGUCCAAGUCGCCUGUAUCCAGCGAAGACAGGCUGCUGCUAUCAGAGAGCGCAGCUUCCUGUCUCCUCUGUCUGGCAGCUCAGAUUGCUCUGGAGAAUGGAAGACAGGAAACUGCAGUGAAAGCUCUGGAGGUUUUAUGUGAGAACUCAAAAGACGAAGUUCACGUUCUGAUGGGUCUUAGGUGUUUGGUCCGACUCGUGUUCUCCUCAGCAGAAAACUCAGCUGAUCAGUUGAGGGAUGUGAAUCUGGACAAACUCCUGCCGUAUCUGAAACAGGCUCUGCACACAAUUUCACACCAGUCUCAUACGACUGCUGAGCGGCGCGCUGAGGACGCUAACUGGUUCAGAAAGAUUGCCUGGAACUCGGCUCUGCAGUGCGAGAGCAGACCUGACGGAAUGAGGGAUUUCUUUGUGCUGUCCUACCGGCUCUCCCUGCUGUGCCCUCCUGACCGCGCUCUGCUCAUGGGCCAGAGGACGUCUCUGCUGAUGGCAGCUGCUGCCUCUUUGGAGCUCUGCAGGAAGUCUCCUCACUCCACCCAGGCGGAGGAUCUCACUCUGGCUCUGGAGCACAUUCAGGCCUGUUGGGAGGUCUGCAAAACCCUGAAAGCAUCAGGCAACCUUCCAGCGGACCCGACAGACUCCCUGCUGCUGCUGUACGAGUUCGAGGCUCGUGCAAAGCUGAGCGAUCCGAAGGUGGAGACGAUUCUGGAGUCUGUCCUAGAGCUGGAACACGUUGAAACCAAAGUGUUGGAGACCAUGGCAGGCUUAGCCAUGGAGCCUCCAGCCCACUUCCCUCAGCUCUGCAAGAAGGCCCUGAGAGCCGCUCUCUCCCUGCACAGGAAGCAACCCCAGGCCGACCCGACGCACUGCAGUAAGUACGUCCACAGCCUGAUCAAGCUGUCCCUGCCGAGCGGCGUGUCCGAGGUGGAGAGCCGCGUGCUGCAGGAGCUGUGGGAUUACUUCGAGGACGCUCUGUCCAUCAUCUCAGCCGCGCCGGACGGCUUUCCAGAGAUGGAGACGCUGUGGCUGCUGACUCAGGCGUGGAACGCCGGGAUUCUGCUGUACAGCCUGGCCCAGUACCACGAAGCCGAGAAGUGGUGCGGCCUCGCCAUGAGCUUCAUCCGACACCUGGGGUCUCUGCGGGAGAGCUACGAGAUGCAGAUGAGUGGGCUCUACAGUGAAAUCCUGGACAGACUGGACAAAGCGAAGAAAAACAUCCACACAGAGGAGUAAAACGCUCAGUUCUUCUCACCUCGAUGUUCUGUGUUGUGAAGGAGAACCUAGCAGGUUCAUCCCAUCAGUUUGUUACAGGUAAAAGUUCUUUACGUUCAAAUAUCCGGGCUUCCUGGAAGACGACAGUAUUUAUUACAGCUUGAUCUGUUCAGAAAGUUUGCCGACGAUUUUUCAUUCAUUUUCUAGUGAACUAUUAAACCCUCCUGUUUUUUUCCCAUAUCUUUGUCUGAAUAUAAAUUCCAUAAAAACUUGCUAGAUUUUGUAUUUUGGAUGAAAUGUAAUAGUAUUGUUUUAUAUGCAUAUUAAUGUUUCCAUUUGAAGUUUUUUUUAUCCUGUUGACUCAUUUAAAAAACUUUUUUUUAAAUCUAGCUUUACUUUUCAUUCCUUUGUGUUCAAAUGCCCUAUAAAUUUCAUGCUCUGUUUCCCAUCUGGUGGCAAAGUGUGGAGAAAUGUUAACUUUUAAAACUUCACGCAAAACAUUUGGUUAGAAUCGGUGUUUCUGCCAAUUAUAUGGAAGGCCAAAAGGGACAAAAUUUUAAAAAUACAUAAUUAAAUCAUGAAUUAAAUGCAACAUUGAAAUAAAGGUUUAAUUUAAUGUUUUACAGUUUAUGUAUAAAAUCUCAUUAAAUGAUUAAAAUUAAAACUACAGACCAGUUUUAGCACCGCCCCUCGACUUUGAUUGGUGAGUUGACAGAAAAUUAAAUAUCUUCAUCCACAAUUGUAAGUUUGUAUUUUAACCAUUUAAUGACAUUUAUUAAAUGGUAAAAUUAAGCAUUUAUUUAAAGUUAUGUUUAACUAAAUGUAACAUGCAAUUAAAUUAACUGCAGUACCUAUUAAACUAUUUAUUUCAUGGUGCAUUUUUUAAAAUGAUUUAAUUAUAUAUUGUUUAAUUUUGUCCCUUUUGGCCCUCCAUACACACAGGAUGGAAAACGUACAUCAAUACACAAUGUUUCUAUGGCAUUAUUUAUAGGAGCUUCUUUUUUGUGUCUAAAGGACAAACAAUUUUGCCUAAAUAUCAAAAAUUGAUCGAUGUUGCAAACAUUUGACUCCCCUAAAACAUUGCAUUUUUAUAGGGGAAAAAAGGAAGAGAAAAACAAAACUAAUCACUAAAACCAUCAUUUAAAGGCUUACAAAUUUGAAAAAUACAUUAUUUAUGUUCCUUAGACUUAUUAUUUCUAUGGCCAAAAUAAAACGAACCCCAAGGGUUUAAAAUUUGCACUUGAUUGCCCGAGCCACUUAAAGCAGAAUGACAAGCACAUCAAGAUUAUAACUGAGUCACAUAUUUUAUUUUCAAACAAAUAAACUCUCGUCAAGUCCCAAAAUAAAACCCAAACAAAAAAAGUUGCAGGACCGUGUUCCCUCAUGACUAGGACAGGGAAGACCAUGAGGCCGAGUGUCCUGAUAGGCUGUACCACCUGCAGUGACAGGAAGGAAACUACUGUACAAUCAAAGGGUUCAUGUUUGCAAGCACUUACUGCACAAUGUGCCAGAACAGAAACAUAUCAUCACC